ACACAUUACACUGCAACUGCACAUCACGAUAAAAAAAAAAAAACAAAAAGUUCUUCGUUAAUUUAAAUUACCUCUUUCCCAUUCUUAUCUAAUUAAUUUCGAGUUAAUCAAUUCUUUUAAAAAAGAUAACAAAUAUGAAUAAUUUCAAUAAAAAGUCAAAAGGACCAUCUGUUGAACAUAUGACAUCCAAAGACUUUCAAAUUGACUCGUACGCUCAUUUGGAUGUUUUCAGCCACCUCAUAAAGGACACCGUUCGAACAAACAGUUUUAGGGAAGUCAUAUACCGCAACAAGCAUCUCUUCAAAGACAAAAUUGUACUCGAAGUAGGCUGUGGAAUCGGCUUGCUGUCAUUGUUCGCGGCUAAAGCUGGAGCAGCCAAAGUUAUAGCCGUCGACUGUUCCAAAGCAGCAUUGUACGCCCGCCAAGUUGCUUUGGACAAUAAAUUCGGAGACGUUAUCAAAGUUAUUCAUGGCAGAAUACAAGACGUCGACCUGCAAAUCGACCUAAAGUCUGUAGACAUUAUAAUAUCCGAUUGGAUGGGCUAUUGCCUCUUCUACCAGUCUAUCAUAGAUGCCAUAAUUUUUGCACGUGACAAGUGGCUCAAACCUGACGGUUUGAUAUUCCCCGAUAGGGCUAAGUUGCAUAUAUCAGCCAUUGAGGAUCAGUUUCGGAAAAACGACAAAAUUAAUUGGUGGCGCAAUGUUCACGGCUUCAACAUGAAAGCUAUUCGUAAAUUUGCUAUUUGUGAACCUCGUUUCUGCGCCGUAGUUCCCGACCAAGUUGUUACAUCAUCGCACCUUCUAAAAGACAUCGAUCUCAACACAAUAACUGUUAAGGAUCUAACAUUCCUUUCGCCGUUUCUGAUAGAAGGCAAACGCAGUGGCCACAUAGAUGCCAUCAUGACCUACUUCAACGUUAUAUUUUCGAAAUCUCACACUCGAUUUGGCUUUAACACCGCACCAUGGUCUCCAUCGACUCAUUGGAUGCAAUCUGUAUUCUAUUUUGACGAACCAAUCAACAUACAGAAUGGACAGACAUUUUUUGGAGCCUUUGCAUUGAAACCAAUUGGCGGAAGCAUGGACCACAUAGAUUACUGUAUUGAAAUUCUCACAGGGGAGCCGCUUCAAAUCGUCGGCGACAUAAAUUGCACUUCGAAACGACGAGGCUUGAACGAAAGUAGCGCAAAUUCUAAGAAAAUCGACAAAAAGAAGAAAACGUGAUGUCCUUCAAAGUUAAAAGUGGAAUUUUUUUUUAUUGAGUUGUUUUUCUGUUUUAGAGACCUAGCAUGUUAAUUAUUGAUAUAACUAACUACCUACAUAACUGUGAAUAAGUUUAUUCUUAAUUUAUUAGUUUUGCAUUUUUAUAAUGCAAAGUACCUACCUACCUGCAUUUUUUAAAAAAAAGUAGAAAUAAAAAGAAACUUUAUAAGACGUACUUAA